UUAUACCGCAACACCCAGAAGGCAACCUCAUACAUACAAAUCAAUGUGGGAGUUUAGCUGUGGGAUCUGACUUGGAAUUUGGGUUCUUCAGUUUGCUCCGCAUUUUCGCUUUCUAAACCUUUUACCAUUUUUAACUCUUUUUCUUGCGUGUUUGGGACCCCCUUCAUGGAAUUGACGCACAAGAGGGGCCCAAGUUUUAAAUUAUUAACCUUGAGAAAGUUGCUGCAAUUAUGGUGCAGGAGCUUUAAAUUAAGCUUCUGUUUCGAAAUUAUUGAUGUCCAGCAUUCUAAUUUUUGAAUGAAAAUCAUUUGGAAGAAACUGUUUCCUAUAUUGGGGGGAUUUGGGAUUCUUAAGGUGCUGCUCUUGAAGAACAUAUAUUUUUGAAGAUGGUGAAGGAUUGAGUUUGAUGUUCUUAGAGACUCCUCUCACCUUAGUAAUCUCAUGAGGCGUAAUUAUUCUGAGCUACAUGUAGAAGGAAGAUGAUUGAGCAAUUUAUCAACUUUGUUAUUCGUCCCCCCAGGGCAGAAUAUAAUCCAGAUCAGUACCUAUGGGAAAGGGAAUUUUCUCUUGCAGGCAGAACAUAUCAAAGACAGGAUUUGGAGCUUGAGAAUUCUAGGGGACAUACCUUACAAUGUAGCCAUUAUCUCCCUUCACCUUUCCCUGAAGAUACUUCUCUUCCUUGUGUCAUAUAUUGCCAUGGAAACAGUGGAUGUAGGGCAGAUGCCAAUGAAGCUGCUGUUAUUCUUCUUCCAUCAAAUAUUACUGUCUUUACUCUUGAUUUCUCUGGAUCAGGCUUAUCUGAUGGGGACUAUGUUAGCCUUGGUUGGCAUGAAAAAGAUGAUCUUAAGGUAGUGGUGUCACAUUUAAGAAGCAACAAACAAAUAUCACAUAUAGGCCUCUGGGGAAGGUCCAUGGGUGCUGUUACCAGCCUUCUUUAUGGAGCUGAAGACCAUUCUAUUUCUGGAAUGGUGUUGGAUAGUGCCUUUUCAAACUUAUAUGAUCUUAUGAUGGAGCUUGUGGAUGUCUAUAAGAUCCGCCUUCCAAAGUUCACUGUUAAAAUGGCUGUACAGUACAUGAGGCGGGUGAUUGAGAGGAAGGCAAAAUUCGAUAUUAUGGACCUCAACUGUUUGCUGGUUGCACCCAAGACAUCUAUUCCUGUUUUGAUUGGACAUGCUUGUGAUGACAAGUUCAUUAAGCCCCAGCAUUCUGAUCUUAUCUUCAAAUCCUAUGCGGGUGAUAAAAAUGUAAUUAAAUUUAAUGGUGAUCACAACUCCUCUCGACCGCAGUCCUUCUAUGAUUCAGUGUCCAGUUUCUUCUGCAAAGUUCUCUGCCCACCUCAAGCUUCCAGUCUUCAGCGUGAACUGGAGAAAUAUUAUGAUUUGGGGCAUUUAAACAUUGGUUCUGUUGGCAACAAGAGCAUACUGUAUGAGAUCAUUUCUACCUUGCGGUCCACUGCUAGUGGUGUGGCAAGUUCAUCAUCUGCUCCUCCAUGCAUUUCAACCAUAAAAUCUGUUAAUCAACUUCUUUCUGAAGUUGCAACAGAGACAACUGUUGAAGACAUUAUGCACGGCAAUGAUGAAGCUGGCCAAGAUGAGCCUUCACAUGUACAGGAUAAGCUAAAUGGCCUGACCGAAGAAUGUUGCUCAUUUACUAGCUCAAACAGAGAAAGUUGGGGCAGGUGUUCAUCUUUAGGAGGUAGUGAUGAAGAAUCUUAUGCAGAUUUUGGUGCUGACAAUAAUUGCUCUCAGAAUAUUGUGGAUGUGUUUGCUACACCUUUGCGAAGCAUGAAAGAGAAAUGUUCAGAUCUUACUGAAGAAAAUGAAGAGAUGGAAAAGAAAGAGGAGGAGACAGAGAACAAGAAGAAGAAGAAGAAGAAGGCAGAGAAGAAGAAAAAGAAAGGUGAAGGUAAAGACCCCAAAACACCUAAAACUGACAAAUUUGACAAAUUGGAAGCUCUCAGCAGACGCAUCCGCCUUUGCAUUCUAAGAGGAUCGAUCCAUCGAAGACGUGGCUCCUCUUGAAUUUAACUUGUAUCACCUUUGGAUUCUCUCAAGUUUAGGCAGAAAAAUGUGGUCAUUUUGAUCAAAUCAUAGUCAUUGAGUUGAUUUGGAUGGUGUGAAUCUAUCAAAAUGGUUAUUUGUUGAAGAAGAAUCAAGUUUGGAAACGUCCAAAUUGAAUGAACGGCUAAAAUUUGUUCUAAAUGGUUCAUUUUUCUAGUUAAAAUUGAGAGAAUCCAUACAACAUAACUGCUCUGUUUUUAAUUGCAUCAUGCUUUGCUCGAGGCCAUUGGUUUCAAGUAUUUUAGGGGUUCUGUAAUUUCUAUUAUUUCUGAAUUGAGCCUUGGGAUUUUGUUAUGGAAGCAAUUCUUUUUCUUGGCCAAUGGGAUAGCCUCCUUUUUCCUUUUC